UCGCAACGCACGUGUUAUCAACAUUUCCCUUUAAAUGUUUUGUCUUGAUUCAGGACAACAGAAACUUGCAAAAUGGGAAAAUCUUCUCGCCAUCAAGGUGAAAACAAAUAUAAAUUCAAGAAGUUUUCUGAUCGCGUUGCUGCAGUAAAGAUCGAUGUUGUACAUAAGAUACGACAACCAAUAGAAGACAGUGAGGAUUAUGAAACAUAUUUUCAGGCUGCCCUCAUUAAAUGGACUUCCCUUAAUCAUACAAAUGACUACAAGACUUUUGUGGCAGACAUUGCUAGCCAGUCGAGAACAUUUGUUCAACUUGUUCAUCAUGAAGACCAGAUUGUUGCCACCUUGAUAAAACAUCUCUCAGUUCCAAACAGUAUGGCAUAUGAAGCUCUUCUGGAUUUGGUGGUCCAACUUGCCAAAGAUCUUCAGCACGAUUUCUACAAACACUUCCACAACGUGUUCAAUGUGAUGAUUGAUUUACUCAAAACACAUCCUCGAAACGUGUCUCUUCUUGAAAUGAUCUUCACUUGUCUUUCAUAUUUAUUCAAAUUCCUCUGGCGUUAUAUGGUGAAGGACAUCAAAACAGUUUUUGGCUACUAUUCACCAAUACUUGAUGCCAACAACAGACCUUACAUCCGGAGAUUUGCUGCUGAAAGUUUCGGUUUUCUUAUCAGAAAGGUAAAAGACCCAGAUCGUGUGUUGGACUUAAUCUUUGAAAGUUUCAAUCAUCGCAGUCAGUACAUUCUUGGAAUUGGACGUUUGUUGUUUGAAGUGAUGAAAGGUGUGCAACAACAUAUGCACUCUUGUGCAGAAACGAUAUUUCCACUGAUUCUAAGAAGAAUCGGUCCACAUUCUACGAGCAGUGACUCCUCUGAGUCUCCAAUAUUUAUCAAAGCUAAAGCUUGUAUUUCUCACACGAUGUCUGCAAUGUCAGAGCACGUAUCUGGAGCCAACCAUUUGGAUCCACUUUGGCCAAUACUUUUGUCUCAUGUAAAGUUACGCCAGAAACUGUGGAUUGAAAACAGUGACCAGCAUCAGCCCAUAGCCUACUUAUUGGAACUGUUGUUAGUGUGGCUGGACUUCAAACGUGGAUCUCUUGUAAAUAACCCAGACGCAGUUGCUGAGGUCCUUUGUACAGUUCUAAACAGCAGCCCCGACCUUCCAGAGGUUCUGCUCUCCAAUACCCUCAACUGUGUCUCAAGCUUGCUUCAGGGUUGCCACGAAAAGCUCUCACCGUCCUCUCUUACCGAAGUCAUUAAUUUAAGUUUUGGUCACAGGUUUCCAUCAAAUCAAAUUUAUCCGUUUGCAAAGACAUUAUUUACAGAACCAUUUUUUGAAGAGUCUGUGUUAGCUUCUCUGAUUGAUUUUAUUCAAAGUAAAAUGGCUGACUCCCUCGACAGCACCAAUACAGAAACCCUUAUGUUUGUAACAGAGCUAAUAUCAUCCAAGACUAUUUCCAUUUUUGAUGCCAGUCAUCUGGAACAACACAAAUGUUAUUUCAUGGAUUUCCGCACCUCUGUCAAACGGUCUGCUGGUUCCAAAAAACAGUACACCUUUCAGGCGUAUUUAUGGGAUUUACUUUCUCCAGACGAUCUUGAAGAUAUCAAUCAACUAACUCUACUGUGGGCUGCUUUGGUUUGCAUUCCAAACAUUCGGUGUUCUGAUGCAGACUUUAGUGUUCUACAACAUACAAUUGAUGGUCUUUGGUGCCAAGUGACUGAAUCUGAAGAGACUUCACCAAUCAAAGAGCUACAACUGUCCAUUCUUCACGAGGCGGCACUCUGUCUCCAUUUUAACAGACUAAAGGAAUUCUGGAAUUGGAUUACUUUUGAUAAAAUCAAAUCUUUACUAAAGUGCUGUUCCAACUCUGUGCGUGCCCUCCAGAUCACCGAUCUUUAUUUCUUCUUGGCCCAGCAGUCUGAGAGCCAGAAAGACGUCACAAACGAAGCUACUUGUGUCACGGUCUUCCCACUCCUGGAAGCAAACCUGUCACACUAUUCUCACACAAUUCGUUUGCUGACUCUGCAGAUUCUGUCACAGUUCCACUUGAAACUUCCUUUCCUUGAAGAUCCUAGUCUGAGCCAACCAGGAGUUUUCAGAAUUUGUUUGGAUGCUGAGAAAACUCCGCCAACAGUUCAUGACUUCAGGGAAACUUUGAGACAUCUGCAGUACCUUGAUGCCAAACUUGUCGACCGUAAUAUUCCUGUAGUGAACCCUCGUUUUGAACAGGUUCCUCUUCGUUAUCUCAUUGGUAAUUUAUUUAUUAAUUUCAAACCAAUUUGGGAACCAGUUCACAAACUGAUUGCUUCCCAUGCUCUCUCGAUGAUGAAGGAUUCUUUCUGGGAAGUUUAUGGAAGCCAUUUGGACAAAUGUGCUUCAGUUUGUGAGGGAAGUGUACCGGCUCCGAGUGUUAUGACAACUUUUGAGAUUGAAGAGAAUGAGGAGGAAUCUUCCAUACAUUCAGAUUUACUUCAACUUCUAAUGGAGCAAGAUUCCAGACCGAAAUCGGACUUACUUAAACCAGACAUGGAAUUUUUCCGUGAACAUUUGUGGAAAAACAUGCUGCUUUUUCCGCAAGUUUGUGAAGGAAAUUCAAAACUACUUUCCCCCAUCUUGUUUAGAUUUGUCAGAAAUGAAUAUUACCAAGUGGAUACGGAAAGUGCAGCAUUGCAGAAUAUUAUGUGCAAGGAAUGGCGCCAGGGUGGAGAGAGGAGCUGGGAUAAGAGUGAAAGUGAUGAAGAGGAAGCGGUGGUGGAGGAGGCAGAAGAAGAGGAGGUGGAGGAGGCAGAAGAAGAGGUGGUGGAAGAGGAAGAAGUGAUGGCAAGUGAAGAUGUUGAAGAUGGUGAUGUUGAUGAUGAUGAAGAGAGUGGUUAUGAGGAUGAUGAUGGUGGUGGUGGUGGCAGUGAUGUUGAAGAAGAGGAGGAGGAGGAGGACAGUGGUGAUGAGGUGAAGGUGGAGGAUAUGAAUACUGAAGAGGAGCCAAGGGAGACAGAUGAGGAUGGAGAAGUAAAGGAAGAGGAGGAGGGAGAAGGGAAAAUGGACAUUGAGGUGGAGGAAAGAGAAAUGGAAACACCAAAGAAGAAGAAAAGGAAAAGGAAGAAGAAAGCAAAGCAGGAACAAGAUGAAGGCCACAACGAUACUGCUACUGUUGUUCCUGCUGCUGCUACAAAAGUAUGCAAACAGGAACCAGCAAUCCUUAAGCAACUGUUGAACCAUUUCGUCUUGUUCUCCAAAUUCAAACACGGUGGUUCUUUGCAUCAAUCUCAUCAAUUGAAGGAACUCUACAAUAAGUUUCUUCAACAUAAAGAAUUGAAAGUUCAGAAGAUGGCAUUUGAGUGUCUCAUGACUUUCCCAAACAAAGACGUCAAUCCUUACAGGGAGAAUUUGAUUCAUAUUCUGGAAAAUAAAGGAUUCCGUGCUGAAUUAGCUCGUUUCAAUUUGGACUCCAGUUGUUGCAUUCUGAAGAAGGAACAUCGCACUAGUGUCUUUCAAAUAUUGUCUAGGAUACUCUGUGGAGUUUUGAAAAACAAGAAAACACCUGAGUCAAAGAAAGGACAAGUGUUCACCUUCUUUUGUGGCUGCAGUCUCCAAGAAAGAAUUACUUUUGUUGAAGUCGUCUUAAAACCAUGGUUGGAUUUCUCGUCAAAUUAUUCGUCAUUUGAAGAACUGAAGAAUUCCAUCAAUUUAACCAAAGUAUUUCCUCCAUCACUGUUUCAAAGUUUCUCCAACCUGAUAUGGCUUAUCUUGAGAAAGUUGGGACAUUACCUGCAGACUUACCUGCAGAAUAUGCUGCAUGUCAUCUUAGGGAUGAUUGCCACUGUCAAUGCAUGUCUCAAGAAUAAACGAAGAAUUUACCAAAGAGUUGUGAAAUGCUUAUUACAAGCUUCCAGACCGUGUUACCUGCGAUUAUAUCAGUUCUUCACAGUUUUUGAAACUUACUCUUUCACACCUCAAGACAUUGAUUCCAUCUUUGAUGUGGUUGUUUGGCCAAAGAUCGAGACCCUCCCUAAAGACUGCCUCAGUGGACCCACAUUCUUGCUGAGACUCUUUAAUAUUUGGUCCAAAAAUCCAAGGUUGUUUCCUUGUUUCCUGAAGACAAAGAUGAUUGAUGGCAUCGUCGUCUGUCCAUUGUCUUUUGUGUUCCAGCUUCUCUGCACCAAACGCAUCAACCGGACGGUCAGUUUACUCAUCGUAGAAAUGGUUAUCAACUUUUACAACCCUGAGUUACCUGAAGAUGAUGGUUUGGAAUUUAAAUUGGUUGUCGUCAAUGGAUCGGGUGCACACAGCCAAGAUGUGAAAGAACUUGGCACUGAAAUCCUGAAACCACAUUCUGAAAGCAUUAUGACAUAUUUGAAGAAUUAUUUCACAGCUGUUCGCAAAAGAUUGGGCAUGAAGAAGGCCAACUCCAGAGAAUUAUCAAUACUGUCUCAUAUCUCAGCUGAUGUCACUGACAGCCGACUUUGCUCUGAUCUGGUGAGACUUCUCCUUCCAUUCCUGAUCAAGAAAAUACCUCGUACCACGGAAAUGGAAAUUGAUUUGCUGAAUUCCAUUCUGAACUUACUGACUCAUGUUGAGAAACCACCAAGUCUCUUAUUCAGACAGAUGACACAUUUGUUGUUUACGAUAAACCAUGAAGAACCCAAGAAGUUAUUGUAUGAUGUGAUAUUGAAACUGUCCCUAAAAGACGAGAACCUAAAAGACAUUGGUGAAGUACUAUGUGGUCUCAACUCUUGGAAUCCCAAGAAACUUGAAGAAAUUGAUUACGACAGACGUCUUUCUGCCUUCAAUACUGCUUCCAAAUUAAUUACCAAAAUGGAAGUCUUGGACACAGAUUUCAUUGUUCCAAUUAUCUACAACUGCUGCCAUUUUAUUUCCACUGUUGAUGAUCUUUCCAUACGCAACAGCAGUACGCAGUGUUUACUAAACAUUAUCAACAAACUCACUGGUUCUUCGUCAGAGAAACACAUCUUUAAUGAAAUCAUUAUUAAGACUCUUCUGCCGAAAGUGAAACAUGGCAUCAAAAAUCCUAUCCAGGGCAUUUGCCGAGAAUAUUUCACAAUCUUGCGAGCAAUUGUUGUAAAAUUCUCUUCCGUGAAACCGUUUGAUGAUCUCGUUAAGCUGACGGACAACGAUAAAGAUAUUGAUUUCUUUGAGAAUAUGAAGAACAUCAAGGUACAGAGACGGUCUCGAGCCCUGCGCCGCCUGGCAGCAAAACUCGGCAGUUACAACAUGUCACAGGAGGCCCUCACUCGUUACCUCCUCCCACUGGCAUCGAGCAUUAUACAGAGGGAGCACAAACAGAUGGAAGGGAUCCAGGAGAGGGCCAUUGAGCUUUUGGGCUCCCUUUGUGGUCUGAUAUCAUGGAAGGUUUAUCUGCAACAACUUCGGUUUUAUGUGAAGAAAAUGGUAAUGCCAAAGAACAACAAAAGUCAGAACCAAAAGAUUUUGGUCAGGGUUGUGGUGACCAUUCUGGACCGUUUCCACUUUGAUUUGUCCAACAGUAGCUAUGAGAGUGACCAAGACAAAGGACCGUUUGGGAAAUACUUACAAGACAACCAAGGGAGUACAGAACAGACCGGACUAAAUGAUGAUGAUGAUGAUAAUGAUGCUGACAAUAAUGAUGACGACAAUGAUGACAAUGAUGAUGGUUCUCCUGUCGGGACUGUUGAAGAAUUGACUGAUGCCAAUUACAGCGAAGUUAAAGACAACAAAGGAAAUGUCGUAAAGCUCUUGGUCUGUCCUGAAGAAAUGGCGAACGUUAUCCACAAGACAAUUCUCAGGAACAUCAUUCCGAUGUUGUACAAAGUUCUUGUGAAGAAAGUGAAAAGUGAAAGUGAGCACAAGUUGGCCAAGAAAUCUAUCGCAGAAGAAUUCGAGAUUGUCCGAGUUCCUGUUGCCCUGGCAAUCGUCAAACUGUUACAUGUUGUCCCCAGAGAUUCUCUCAAGUCUUUCUUACCAAAAGUGAUCCUGCGAAUAUGUGAGUUUUUAAGAUCUCGUUCUCUUGACAUACGAAAAUCAGCUCGAGACACCCUCACAAAGAUUGCCACAGUAAUUGGUCCCAGUUACUUACCUUGCAUUACGUAUGAGUUACGUUCAGCCCUUUCCAGAGGUUACCAGCUUCACAUUCUUGGAUUCACCGUCCAUUCCGUACUCAAUGCAAUGGUGGGACAGUUGAAAGCCGGAGAUUUGAACCCUUGUUGUAAGAGUUUAAUUGAAAUUUUUAAUGAAGACAUCUUUGGAAUGGUUGCCGAAGAGAAAACGGUUGAUGCCAUCACGUCCAACUUUAUAGAAGCUCAGACCUGUAAAAGCGUUUACUCGUACGGAUUCCUGGCCAGAUUCAUCACCAAAAGUCAUGUUACUCAGUUGAUUGCUCCUCUCAAAGACAUCCUCGACAGUAGUUCCAACCAAAAGACCAUUAAGAAAGUUGACAAUAUUCUCCAGAAGAUUCUUGCUGGUCUUUUACUAAAUCGUGACUUUGAAACCAAAGACCUCUUAAUCUUUGUUCACAGUUUGGUCCUUCAAACUCUGCCGUUACUAGCAAACAGUAAACAGGAGAAAAAUAAGAAGAAAGAUGAACCUGGUUUGAAACCAGAAAGUUGUUUAAUUAUACCAAAAGCACCGAGACGUGAUGAGAAAAAGGCAAAAAUCAUGAAGAAAACCAACUUCCAUGUUUUGGCUGAAUUUGGUCUUCAGUCAAUCACAAUCCUGGUGCGAGAGAUUCACUUCUACAAACUCCAGCAGAACCAGUUGCAUGUUUUAUUGAUGUACUGUGAGGAAGACAUCAUGGACUAUACACGGCAGGCCUGUGCAUUCAACCUGAUCAAGGCAAUUCUUCACCGUAAAAUUGUGAGUGACAAUAUCGUUGAAUUGAUAUCGCAUAUUGAGAAGUUGGCAUUCACAUCUGAGAUUCCAUUUGUCCAGAAACAGUCCCGUGAUGUUAUUCUUCGUUUCAUUUUUGACUACCCACUUGGUAAAAAACUCUACGAGCAUCUGGAAUUGAUCUUUCAACAGCUAAACUACACCCAGGAGUUAGGGCGCCAGUCUGCUAUCAGCCUACUCACAUCUAUCAUUCAGAAAUAUCCCAUUGAGAAACUCAAUAUGGAUGCUAGUCUGUUUUUCAUUCCUUUAUGUACGUCUUUGGUGAAUGAUGACUCAGCGAAAUGUCGUAAAAGCAUUGCAGCAAUGCUCAAGACUCUUCUUCAGCGGGUAACAAGUGAUUUCCCAUUUUGCAUUGUUGUUGUUGAUUUAUCUCCCUUUGCUUUUUACGUGGCACAAGCACAGGUGAGGUCAGUUCUUAUACUUCAUAUUAUUGUUUCGUCUCUGAUUUCUUUUAUUUGUCACCUUUCUAUCAUUUCUCUCUCUUUCCAUUCUUCUAUCCAGCUCCAGUUAAAAAUGGUGGCUGCCCAGGUGUCUGGACUUUUUGCAGAGACAGAGAAAAUGGACUUCAAGAAGAGGCUACCUGUGUUUUUACCUCUCCUCACAAAACAUACGAGUAAAGAUGGUUUUACCAAUACAAGUUUGACUUCUGUGGAACAUGACCAAGAUCGUUUGUUAUAUAACAGCUUGAACACCUUCUUGAAAAUAGCGAGGUGCUGUGAUGUCUUACAAGACAAGAAAUUCAUCAAAGAGACCAAUUCCAUCUGGGGUAAUGUGCAGGAGUUGAUGCUGUACCCCCAUAUGUGGGUCCAACUGGUAUCGGCCCAGCUCUUGGGUUUACUCUUCAGUGCCUGGGCCCCACAAAAGUUGGCAUCGUCCAUCUUUAAUGAGGAACAACCGCCAAACACUCCCUAUCUGCUCAUUGAGGGACAGAAAAAGGUUCACACCCUUGUAUUAAACAGUAUAGGUCAGUUACAGACAACAUUGUUACAGAAACAACAAGCUGAACAGGUGAAGGUCAACAAGGCUGAGGGCGAGUCCCAGGACAGAGAGGUGAAGGCAGAGGAGACAUUGAAAGAAGUAGGAAUAAAGACAGUGGCAGAGGGGGAGGUGGAGGAGGAGGAGGAGAGCAUGGAUGUUGAAGGAGAAGAGGAAGAAGAUGACAGCGAUGAUGAUGAAGAAGAAGUUGAUGAGUUGCAGGAGGAGGAAGAGAAAGAAGAGACAGAGGAAGAGGAGGAUGAAGAAGAGGAGGCGGAGGAAGAGGAAGUAGAAAAAGGAGAGGCGGUAGCAGAUGAGGAUAUCGGUGAACCUGUAGAAGUGGGAGAAAAGGAGGAAGAAAUGGAUGCAGAAGAGGAGGAAGAGGAAGACGGAGAAAAAGAGGAGGAGAAGGAAGAUGAAGGUCCCGGAGAGUACAGGGUGUCUCUACCCUGGGUCACACGUAAAAUGAUCCAUGAGGCUCAUUAUGAAAACAUUCACAACCCAAGAUGCGUAUUAAAGCGGUCGUAUGUCUUUAAAUGGUUUGCUGCCGUUGCCAUCGACCUUGGACCAGAUCUCCUGACAGACAUCAUACACAUUGUACUCCCGGCUCUCCAUCGAGAACUCAACAACACCAGAAGAAUGCCAGAUCCAAAGUUAAAAGCACUGACCCAAGAAGUGUUGGAACUGUUAAAGAAAACAGUUGGCACCACCGUCUUCUCAGAGAAGUUUGCUCAAGCACAGAAAGUACGGAUGGAGCGAAUUUCCUCCCGUAAACAGAGGAAAGCAGUUGAGGCUGUUACCCGACCAGACAUUUCUUACAAGAGGAAACAGAAGCAGAACAUUGCCAAAGUUGCUGCCAAAAAGAGAAAAGUGGAAAAGAUAAGAACAAUGAAAGUUUUGAAAGGAAAAUUUUCAAGAAAGAGCUGAGAAUGAGAAAAUGGAAGAAGUCACACCAUUAUUAUUAUUAUUAUUUUUAUUUAAAGAUGACUCUAUUUUUGUAAAUACAUGUAUUAAAGGGGACAUGGGGAGGGGGCAAAAAUAAAACAAUU